AUGAUCUCGUCGACGCCGCCCUGUGCCGCGCUCGGUGUCAGUCCAACAACCCGGACCGCCGCGCUUUCCACGGCGUCGAUACAUAAUGCAGCGUAUCAUUAUCGUGCCCCGCGCAUCUUGCUUCUGUCGACGUUGCUGUUAUCGGAGGCCCCACAAGCGAACGGAGACACUGGCGGAGGUCGAAGAUCGUCUCCCGCGCUGAUCGACUCCGGAGUGCGAGCUGGAUCUUCGCGGGUCUCCGGGCCGGUGCUGGUGGGACCGCAGGCCACCACCACAAAGCUUCAUCCGGUGGGGAAACAGCGGCCGGCCAGCGAGGAAGACGACGACGAAGACGAUGACGACGAAGAUUACUUUGACUUCGGGCUCGGUGUUGUGGACGACGACGACGACGACGACGAUGAAGAUGACGAUGAGGAUGAGGACGAUUCCGAUGAGGAGGAAGUGGGCGUCGCUCCCGUGACGGUGGCACCAAUCGAGACGAGCACGAUCCGGGCUCGGUUACUGUCCGAUGCAGCGUUCAAUAAGCUGUCGGAGACGCUCGGGGCGCUCAACACCGUCGGACGGUACAUCGUGAACAUUACCAAGGGUCAGGAGGCGAGCGCGAUCACGCAGGUCGACCCGGACACGCAGGAAACGGUCCCGGAAGCGCUCCUGACGCUCACCAAGACGGUCCUCGGGCGCAACAUCACGCGUCCGUUCGAACCACUGAUCAAACGCGUCGGCACCGGCGGUGCGGGAGAGUUGACGGUCGGCGCCGUGACAUCCGGUCCGCUGGUGGUCGGUUCUUCCCCGGUGACAGCCGAUGCCGAGGUCCUGAUUGUCACCUCGACCACAUCAGGCCCGUUGUUGGCGGUGGCGCAGCGGAAAGAGGACAACAACGGCGAACCGUUGAGCUUGGGGACGUCAGCCGACCGAGGACCCGCCGCCGCCGCCGGCGGCGUGGUGUCAGAGCAGAAGAAAAAGAAGAAAAAGAAGAAGAACAAGAACAAAGUGAAGCGCAAGGAUCCGACCCACGUGGAGCCGGUGCGACCGGUGACACCCAGCCCGACGACAACCACCCGCCGACCAGCGGCCAGUAAUAAGAUCGUGGAGUCGACGAAGGACUCCGAGAACCGGUGCCGGACGCCGGACGGGCGCCCGGGGCGCUGCGAGGAUCUGAGCACCUGCCCGGGACUGCUACUGGACCUAAGUCACCUCCGGGAGUCGCUCUGCUUCAAGAGCCUCUUCGUGCCGGGUGUCUGCUGCCCGAUCAGCAGCCCGAGCACCCAGCUCACCACCCCGCGGCCGACGCGACCCCCGGCCACGGCAAAGCCGCCCAGUCUGGUGCUGGCGCCAGUUACGACGGUGACCCUCACUACCACCACCAAGCGACCCCUGGUGCCGGUUUACACGGUGGCACCGGUGGACACGGGGGUGGCCCUCCCGGCAACACUGAAGCCGCUCGAUAACAUCGUCGAUCCGGACGACUGCGGCCAGCAGGAGUACUCGUCGGGGCGGAUCGUGGGCGGAAUCGAAGCCCCGACCGGCCAGUGGCCCUGGAUGGCGGCCAUCUUCCUGCACGGCACCAAGCGGACCGAGUUCUGGUGCGGUGGCUCACUCAUCGGCACCCGGUACAUCCUGACGGCGGCGCAUUGUACGCGGGAUUCGCGCCAACGACCGUUCGCCGCGCGGCAGUUCACCGUGCGGCUCGGCGAUAUCGACCUUUCGACGGACGGGGAACCGUCGGCCCCGGUCACCUACAAGGUGACGGAGGUGCGUGCCCAUCCGCAGUUCUCGCGCGUCGGCUUCUACAACGAUGUGGCGCUCCUGGUGCUGGACAAACCAGUGCGCAAGUCGAAGUACGUCAUCCCGGUGUGCCUGCCGGGGGCGAAUCUACCGUCGAAGGAGCGUCUGGCAGGUCGGAGGGCGACGGUCGUUGGCUGGGGCACGACCUACUACGGUGGCAAGGAGUCAACGAAGCAGCAGCAGGCCACGCUGCCGGUUUGGCGCAACGAGGACUGCAACCGGGCGUACUUCCAGCCGAUCACGGACAACUUCGUGUGCGCCGGGUUCUCGGAGGGUGGCGUCGACGCGUGCCAGGGCGAUUCGGGCGGCCCGCUUAUGAUGCUGGUCGAGGCCCGCUGGACCCAGGUCGGCGUUGUCUCGUUCGGCAACAAGUGCGGCGAACCGGGCUACCCGGGAGUCUACACCCGGAUCAGCGAGUACAUGGACUGGAUACGGGAGAACACCAAGAAGUGA